AUGGCUCUCUUCCCCACAGGUAUAGACUGUAAGACUACAACCAUUCUUCUGGAUGGCCGGCGAAUCAAGCUACAGCUCUGGGAUACAUCAGGGCAAGGGAGAUUCUGCACCAUAUUUCGGUCUUAUUCAAGAGGUGCUCAGGGAGUAAUACUAGUGUAUGAUAUUACAAAUCGUUGGUCAUUUGAUGGAAUUGAUCGAUGGAUAAAAGAAAUAGAUGAGCAUGCUCCUGGUGUACCAAAAAUCCUAGUUGGGAAUCGCCUUCACUUAGCCUUCAAGCGCCAAGUGUCCACCGAACAAGCACAAGCCUAUGCUGAGAGGCUGGGCAUGACUUUUUUUGAAGUCAGUCCACUUUGUAAUUUCAAUAUUACAGAGUCCUUUACCGAGCUAGCAAGAAUAGUGCUGAUGAGACAUGGAAUGGACAGGCUCUGGAGGCCAAAUAAGGUACUGAGUCUGCAAGACCUUUGUUGCCGUGCCAUAGUUUCCUGUACCCCUGUGCAUCUUGUUGACAAGCUCCCUCUCCCUGUUGCCUUAAGAAGCCACCUCAAAUCCUUCUCCAUGGCAAAUGGCCUUAAUGCCAGGAUGAUGCACGGACGCUCGUACUCCCUCACAUCCAGCAACAUCAAUAAAAGGAACAGCUUAAAGAAAGCUAAAAUUAUCCGUCCACCACAGAGCCCACCAAAAAACUGUACAAGAAACAGCUGCAAAAUUUCCUAGGCUCUCUGUGGGAAAAGGAACCUGGAUGGGACCCCCUCACGUGAAGCGUUGGACACAAGGACUCUGUUUAUCAGCUGAGCACGCUCUGUGUAUGUGUCACACUACACAGACAAAAAUAAGAAAUACAAGUCUUGUUUUAGAGCUUGCUCAGCACAGUAAUGCUGCUUUGAAAUGAAUGGCACCUUCAGUGCGACCGGAAGGACGUCACAACUCGCCGUGGGAACUUCCACGCGACGUUUUGGGUUCUGAUGUGCAUGACCCUGUUGUUUUGACUGGUAGAUGUGUUUUCCUGUAGGGAAUAACUACCGUUAGAUUCAGUUCUUAACUCCACAAAAUCUGGAA